AUGGCACCUGCUCAGAGUGGCCCAGAUAUGCCUUCCUCCGAGCAUAACGUGGCAUUGAAAACUUCCUCUCCCUGCCACCAAGGCUUGACGCCGCCUAGUAGCCCAACGAAGGAGUUGGCUACACCUCCAGCCGCCUUGGAGUAUCUGAAGCAUCUCUUUGGCGUCUUUCUUGAAAAGGCGCUCCAAGAACAUCCAAGCACUCCCGCCUCCCAGAACCAGUCCCCGCCAGGCCCUGAUAUGGUUCGGCAGCUGCUGGAAUGUGCUUCAGCUGAACUUUCCAUGGUAACUAAGCCAGAUCAGUCUUCUUCUGCAAGCAAUGAACGGGGGAACGUUCCUGGGCCAGAUGGAUUUGAUCUCAAACAUCCCAUCUGUACAACCCCGGAUGAUUUCAAAUCGUUUGAAAAGUGGGCCUCCACACCCCAAUUCAAGACGGUCGUGGAAACCUGGGACAAAGAAGCAUGUAAAUACACGAUCACCGAACCGGUGGAGACCAGCGGUGGUGUUGACGACUAUGCUGAAUAUGCAUUCGUUGUCCGUGAACGUGUUGACCGGAAUUCCGAGGAGGUGAUGCCGUACAUAGACAUCAAAUCGGAAGGCCUGCGUGACAUCCUGCGUGUGGUGCUGCACGAUGUCAAAGCCAUUAGUCUGAUGGAGGACAAGCCGUCGAUCGAGCAAAACCUCCUUUUUCAUUUCCUCCCAGAGCUUGACAGAUGCGUGGAGAACACGGACAACAGUUCAGACCAUAGAUCGGCAGCGUCGCAGCAUCUCCGUUUGCUCAUCGACCACCUAAGGCAAGCAUAUGCAGCUAUCUCGCAGCGUCUCUCGUCAAUAUUGCAGCACGGUCAUAUUACUUAUGACCUUCUUUGGGCGCUUUUCAAGCCUGGUUGCCAUGUUUAUACUACAUGCAUUGGCACAAAAGAGCCGCGAUGUGUCAAAUUCGACGCGGGAGAAGAAAUAACCCAAACUGACGAGACGUGGUUUAAUCUCGAAUGCCGAUUUCUUGAUUAUGACGGCGUCAAGUUCGGCGAGGCCGGAAUCUUUCUGCGUGUGCCAAAGUUCCGAGGGUCAAAGCCGAUCGCGACUCUUGAGGCUUACCCUCUCUGCCACCAUCCGAGUCACGAGCAGGUCCGAAAUGAUCUAGUCGAGAGAGGUCAAAUAUUUCGGGAUUUGGCUGGCUCGCACAUUCAGCACUGUAAAGGCAAAGCAUUCUUUGUGAACAAGGGGAAGAUUUUCAAAAUCAACAUCAACAGCCGAGUAGCAGUGGACGCCGCAUUUUUCCAUGAAAUGCAGCCAAACUACUCCCGACCGUCACUCCGCGACAUAGGGGUAAAAGACAAGAAUGGCAUUGCAGUCAUUGACAUAGGUGCGAUGCUCAUGGAGGACCACGAGCGAGAGAAGGAGAGAAUGCAAGGAGACGGUGUGGAGGCACAGAAGCUGAGCGAGGCCGAUUUGUUAGUAGCCUGUCCAACAAUUUGUUGUUUCAGCUUCAAGGAGAAAAUGUUCUUGGAGUGCGCAGUCAGUGCUCUUGGGGACGUAGAUUGGUCACCUGGAUCGUUCGACUGCCUGCAGAUUCCUUCAGAGACCAAGACACUCCUCUUAUCCAUGGCAAGAACCCGCUUGGGUCUGAUACCGACAGUACCCUUUGACGACGUAAUUGAUGGAAAAGGUCAAGGACUCAACAUCCUUCUGGAUGGCCCACCCGGUGUCGGAAAAACGUUCACGGUUGAAGCAACCUCGGAAUAUUUCAAGCUGCCUCUCUAUUCGAUAUCCGCAGGCGAGCUCGUUGUCGACCACGGAGAUUCCAAUGCGCUUGAGCAACAACUUGAAACUGUAUUCAAGAUCGCUAAACACUUUAAAGCCGUGCUCCUGUUGGAUGAGGCAGAUGCGUUCAUGGAGCAGCGUACAUCUUACCACGAUACUCACAAUCGCCUGGUGACCGUUUUUCUCCGAAAGCUUGAAUACUAUCAGGGAAUCCUAUUCUUGACUUCGAAUCGGGGUAUUCAGUUUGAUGAUGCAAUCCUUAGUCGGAUCCAUUUAAUCGUCAAGUAUAAAGACUUGAGCAGGGAAUUUCGCAGGGGUCUCUGGUCAACUUUUCUGACGAGGGCACGUACAGUCCAAGGACCUGCUAUAAUCGAGAAGCACGACCUCCGACGAUUGGAGUCUUUAGAUCUCAAUGGACGAGAGAUCAAAAACAUCGCAGCAAUUGCACAUGCUCUCGCCGAGGCGAAUGCCAGCCAAGUGAGCUAUAAAUACCUGGAGUUAGCCGCGGAAUCGAAUCAGAAAUUUUCGAAGGAGUUCGGCAGACAGGGGCCUGCCCAAGGAAUGUACCUCUAG